UAUUGUGAUUAGCUGUGAUUGGGCAAAGCUCAUCACAUGAUACAGAUGGGUUGUGAUUGGCACUAUCUGUACCAUGUGACUGCUUUGACCAAUCACAGCUAACAACACAAUUGCAUACAAUGGAUGGCAUGAAAGGAGGCCAUCCAUUGUAUACAAUUUUUAUGUGAUCUGCUGUGAUUGGUCACAGUGGUGACAUGACACUGGCAACGGGCCAGUGUAGUGAUCUGUCCCACAGAGGUCCCGUACAGCGAUCAGUCCUCUGGACACAGCGGAUCCCUGGGAGCGUGCACAGGCAGUGCAUGCGGAGUCCGUUUAUAAACGGCGACCCGCUUCAGCACUGCUCCCGUCUGCCCGUU